AUACUUAAUUUCUCUCGAAGACUCGAGAGGUGAACAGACGUGACAAAUGUGACGUGAAGGACUCAGAUCUGGAGGUGAGGUGAACUAACAGACUGCAUAACCUGAAGACCUAAUGCUAAACUAUUAAUGAAUCAUUUCUGCUUCUUAUCAUUCGGCCUUGGCUGCAUUAGCCUACAGUUUAUUUGAUAGUUUAUUAAGUACUAGAUGUGUUGGGGAAUUUAACAUGUAACAAUUUAAUUAUAUUCUGCUGAAACGAACGAAAUGACUCGACAAAAGAUUCGUUCAUCAAUAAAAUGAUCCGAACUUCCCAUGACUAAUUGUGAUGUGACGGUUAUGGAGGCCCCGCCUAAGUAAAUGUAUCAGCGGCACACAAAUGGUCCGUUAAUAGCAGAAUCAGUUCAUACUCCAGUCACUGAAAUGGAGUUGUAGGUAAGGCUAGGCUGCUGGCCAGUAAAAGCUACCACAAGAUUUCGAGGUGGACUUUUAGACUAUAAAAUGUGUACACAAUUACUAUCUGAGUACAAUAAACCUAACAAUUCAUACACUGCCAAGACUCCUUAAGCCUAUAUAGAGCGUAGCAUACUAAUGGAAAUGCAUUAUCUCUCUUUUGUGUGCUCUUUACAUCUGAGCACUCAGUGGUGCCUGGCGGCCAUAUUUUCUCACUGACUUCAAUACACGGAUGUAAAGCUAAAAGCAAUAAAUGAAUCGACUAGAGCACGCGACCAGCGGAAGCUCGCCGGCUGCCAUGUCAGCCUUUAGCCAACUCCUACUUUUCCCUUUCCUCAGAGAAUACAGCUGAUUAGCUCUCAGCUGCUUAGAGAGAAGCGGCUGUCCUGCCUCCAGCGCUUUCACAGUCGGACCGUUACUGCUCCAGACCGGUUCGGGACACACACACACACACACACACACAUGAACACACACCGUGAUGAAGAAGUGUUGGAGUGAAAAGAGACUGUUGGUUUUCCUGGAGAGCCGUGUGGGUUUGCUGUGCGACUCGCGGAGCUCAGCGGCGCACUGAGACAAGCGCAAAGUCCCAGACACAUCACAACAUGAGAAAACCCAAAAUCAACCGCAUGGUGCUUGCGAUGUGCCUGGGGUCCUUCAUUAUGCUCAUAUUUUAUUUCCAGAGUCACUUGAAACCAGCACAGGACAGUGGGCAGGCCAGAGGACCCAGGAAGUCUGUGAGGAGUCCACUCCAAGCCCUUUAUACUACUGACCCUACAGAAUUGUCUCCACUUCAGCUGAUGCAUCAAAGUCGGCGUGACCUCCUGGAGGAUGUGUGCCACUCUUAUACUAGCAAACGCCGUGUCCUGAUCCCAGAGGACCUCAAGCACCUGAUUGUGGAUGAUCGCCAUGGCCUGCUUUACUGCUACGUCCCCAAAGUCGCUUGCACAAAUUGGAAGCGUGUCCUGAUGGUCCUGACAGGUGAUUCACAGAGAGACCCCCUUCAGAUUCCCGCCAAUGAGGCGCACAUCCCAGGCACCCUGCGCACUCUGUCCGAGUACUCUACCUCUGAAAUCAACCAGCGUCUACGCACCUACCUAAAGUUUGUGUUUGUGCGUGAACCCUUUGAGCGGCUUGUGUCAGCGUACCGCAACAAGUUCACGCGCAGCUACAACACAGCCUUUCAUAAGCGCUACGGCACCAAGAUAAUCCAGCGGCACCGUGCUGAGGCAAGUCCCGAGGCGCUCGAGCGUGGAGAUGAUGUCUCAUUCUCAGAGUUUGUGCGCUACCUGGUGGACCCUGGCACGCAGCAUGAAGAGCCCUUCAACGAGCAUUGGGAGCGUGUGCACUCUCUCUGUCACCCCUGCCUCAUACACUACAACAUUCUAGGCAAGUACGAGACGCUGCAGCAGGACUCCAGCUACGUGCUCAAACUGGCCGGUGUAGACAGCGAGGUGACGUUUCCCAGCUCGGCCACAAGCACACACACCACGGCAGACAUGGUGGCUAGCUACUUUAAGGAUAUCAGCUCAGCCUAUCAGAAAAAGCUGUACAACCUGUACAAGAUGGACUUUCUGCUUUUUAACUAUUCUAUGCCCGCCUACCUGAAGUUCACAUAAGGCCUGGUGCCUUUUAUUCAUAUUCAGAGACAAGUUUUUCAAUUUUUGUCUGCACAAGUUCAUCUGUGAGUAUUGAAACUGUUUCAGUGGUAAUUGUACGGUACUAUUAUCACUGAGUGCAGUGGAACUGCAAUUUGCACGAAGAACAUCUCAGUUUGACGAUCUGGAAGUUCUUGCUCAGCCUUUUUUGUCUUUCAAUUUAACUGCCAUUUGAGUUGCAGAUAAAAAGGAAUUCAUGUUGGGCAUCUAUCAGGAGGAUGUCUCAGAGAAGGCCCUGCUCUUUUCCUUCUGAUUAACUAGUGAAUACUGACUUUUCCUUCCCAGGUAUCUGUCCUCUGUGGAGAAGAGUGAAGAACUUGAUGGAAACAUACCAUUUGAGAUGGAGGUGUGCUUUCUUCAACAUGUUACCCCUCUUAGCCAUCAUGGACAAAGCGUACUGCUUUCUGCUUGUGCCUUGAGGGUGAGGAUUGUAAAGAAUCAGAAACUGUGAGGCAGAACAGUCACUGUUUGACAGAACAGUAUUAAAAACAUGUCAUAUUUACGAUGAUACAAAGCAUGAAAGUGACAGUUAUUUAUUAUGAAUCCCUCCUCUACAGAUAGUUUCGAUACAACAUUCAACACCUCUGUUAUUACAGAUAAACUCAAAUAAAGCGGAAAAUCUGA